AUAAGCUUUACAUUGCAACAAGGACAGGGACAAGACAUGGCCCGCAGUGCGACUCGCGUGAUUUUCGGCAUGCGCCGGCGCAGGUAGUGGUUUAUUUACAAGCGCACCCCCGCGCCGGCCGCACGUCUGCUCUGCGUCUUCACUCCGCGUUUGUUUACACGCACGUGUUCAGUUUCUUAAUACCACACCGACGAUAUUGACCUAUUUAGUGUUACUAGUUCAAUUUCUAAACAAAUGCUCAAAAUCUCUUUGUAUAAAGAUUUGCAAAAAACUCGUUCGUCAUCAAAAUAUGCCUGAUAUACAACGACAGGAGCGGAGCAAUGACGACGUGACAUCGAGCCGACUUAUUGCGAACGCUGGUAGAAGAUGACAAGGGUGGGUCGACGAGCUCACGAUGGCUCCGGACGCAAACUACGAGGAGGUGGAGCGGCUCAACGCGGAGGACUACGAGCCCAGAGUGCACCAGGGCAGGAGGAUCCUGCCCGAGCUGACGGCGCCCGCGCAGGCCUGGAUAGAGAACGAAGACCUAGACCGUUCCGACAGCGUCCACAACAGCCCCGGCGAGAAUCGACGACUUCUGAGCCCUCAGGUUCACCAACCGGUGCCAAAGCACAAGUCACGCCUACAAGCGGGCCUCACGCUCGGCGUAUCUAACACUCCCAAAAGACACGCAAAAUGCCCUCAAACUCCAAAAUGUGUCAAAAAGCAGAAAACCAAAUAUCAGAAGAGACGAGAAAAGCUUCUCGCUAUCCUCAAACCUCCAUACUUCAUAGUCUCCAUGAUCUUUUUUAUCGUAUGCAUCCACAUUUGGCUGCCCGAGGACGCGCGCGCCUACCUGCGGUGGACGCCGGGCGCGUGGUGGCGCGAACCGUGGCGGCUGCUCACCUACGGCUUCGUACACGCCGGCGCCGUGCACCUGGCCCUCAAUGCAGUCGUGGCCCUCGCUGUGGGGUGGUGCCUGGAGCGCGAGCAGGGCUGGUGGCGCGUGGUGUGCGUGUGGUGCGGCGGCGUGGCGGCGGGCGCGCUGGGCGCGGGCGCGCUGCAGCCGCGCGUGCAAGUCGUGGGCGCCUCCGCCGCCGUGUAUGCGCUGCUCACGGCGCACCUGCCCAACGUCUGUCUGAGGUUCGGGCACAUUCCAUUAUGGUGGUUCCGUCCGCUGAGCGUGGUGGUGCUGGGCGCGUCGGAGGCGUGCUGGGCGGCCGCGGGCGCGCCGCCCGUGCCCGCGCGCGCCGACCAAGUGGCCUGGUCCGCGCACGUGCUUGGCGCCGUCGUCGGCGUGCCCAUCGCCUUCAUUGUUUUCCAUGGUGAGAACGACUCGACCUUAUUCAUAAAGGUGUGCCGCGUUCUUUCGGCGCUGGUGCUGACGGCAGGCAUUAUCGCCGCGGCGCUACACUUCACGCUCUGGCACGACGUAGACUAUUGAUAUUGGCUGAGUUUGCUGCUCCAAAUCGACAUGGGAUCAUCAAGGCCACCUCUGAAGACAAGCUUCGUCAAAAUGACUUGGUGAGAAACGAAAUUAUAUCGACCAAAUCAUCAGAAGAACUUCAGAAAAUUAUGAAUGAUGCUAUGAAGAAGUAGAUGAUGUUUAGAAAUAGUUGUAUUUUGAUGCACUCUAAAUGAAAUUGAAAGUGGUAUGAACAUGAUUGUUUGACCACUUUGAGCUAAUUCGACUGACUACUUACUGAUAUGUUAAGUUGUUAAGGCACAUUUUUAUCAUCAAGUCAUUGUCAUGAUACGCGCCACAAGCAGAAAAGAAUGCCUAUUUCACUGUCAUUCAAAACUCUUUCAAACAAGACCGAAUUUAUUAAGAGUGGGCGCUUUUCAUGGCAUCCAUGAUAAGUACUAAUAUAAUAAAUUGGUGCCAUACGAUAAUAAUAAGAAAGAUUAUGACGCUUUAGGUAACGAAACAAGUUUGCCUCUGUAAAUAACUUUAAUUCGUAAGUAAAAUUUAUUUUAUAAAUAUCGUAAGAAGUAGUUGUAUUUAAGUUUGAACGAUUUCUAUGAAAUCUUUUAAUUGUUUUGCAUCAAAACAUUGGCUCGUGAUUGUUGUAAGGUAGUUGUAUAAAAUGGUGCAAUGUGAAUAUUUACUUGGUAUCGACGCCUGCAGUGGUGCAGCUUUCGUCUUGACCGCACAACUUAUUAUGCUUACAAAAUCGUGGCGAGGCAUUUAAAUGAAGUAUCCUAUCACUAAAAUUCAAAUGAAAAGGUUAAUAAAAAUGUAAUAUGUAUAAAUGAACUUAUUGACGAGAAUGGAGGAAGCUCCGCAUACGCCUCACAAUACAAAAUAUCAAAAUCUCUCUCUCUCUCUCUCUCUUUCUCUGCUAAGGGAAACUGUACUUCAAGAAGAUAGAAGUGAUAAAUGCGUGCCAUAAGUUGACACAAUUGUGAUAACAAGCGUCGGUGUUUAUGUUAACCAAAGAAAUAUUUAUUUCUAGUCGUUUAAGUUACUUUUAAUAGUCUCAAAUUUUGUAACAUUUUCACAUGUUAGUCAUUGAAAAUGAAAACGCUCUUUUAUGUUGAAAUAUUUAAGUAUAGUUGAACAUUUUAACAAAAAUUAAGUUAUCUGGUUUAUCAGACCCUGGAAGGGUUUUUAACGGAGUGAGAUAACGCAAACAUAUCUUUUGUACUGUAUUUGUAAAAAAUAUUCCUUGGAGUUUGUAUAUUGUACAUUAAAUAUUAAGAUUUUUUUAUAUUUCAAACAAUGUGCAUCAAAAAAGAUAUUAAGUAUACAAUUUGUCAUUCUCUACUGACCAAAGGUGCCUAAAGUUUUUUAAAUGUUUCUAUAGAUAUUGAUGACCUCACAGAUAAAA